GUUCGUUAGGGUUGAUCAACAUUUUUGAAGCACGAUUCUUAUAUAAGUAUAUUAUAGUGAUAAAGGCUAGAGACACGGUAAAGUGUGCGAUUCACCGUCAACAACACCCACCCAAGGGCUGCUAAAAUGUAAACACCGUGCAAGUUGAAGUGCCUGAAAUCGAGGUCAGAUACCCGAAUAUGUUGGAUGCACUAUUCAGCAUGGAUCCUUUGACUGUCGUUCUGGGUAUAUUAUCUGUCUUGUUUCUCUUAAAACUGAUGCAUGUUUCUGACAAUGGUCCACCAGGACCUACUGGAUACCCACUUGUUGGAAACUUCCCACUGUUAAUGUCUGGAAACAGACCGAAAUUAUUCGAUCAACUACGACGGAAAUAUGGUGACGUGUUCAGCUUACAGUUAGGCAGUCGACGCAUGGUGGUUAUCAAUGGCUACGAGGCUCUGAAGGAAGCAUUUGUAAAGCAAGCUGAUGUCUUCUCAGAAAGGCCACAAGCCGACUACGCCUCAAUACGGACUAGUAAUUGCAAAGGUAUUGUCCGUAGUUCAGGGGAGUUUUGGAAGAACACAAGGACAUUUAGCAUGCGAGCGCUGAGAGAGUUUGGAUUUGGAAAAAGGUCUCUGGAGACAAACAUUCUCGAAGAGGUAUCAGUCUUUCUUGAAGUCAUCGGGAAAAGCUAUGGAAACGCAUUUUCCUUAGGAACAAUCGCACAGAUCAGUGUUUCCAACAUCAUUUGCAGCAUUUCAUUUGGUGAGAGGUACACACACGAUGACCAGAAUUUCAAGAAGCUUAUGAUGAUGAUAGACAACCAUGUAAAACUACUUUCCAAAGCGGCCAUUUCAACGUUCUUCCCAGUGGUCAGAUAUAUUCCUGGUGAUGUAACUGGAGUGGAGGCGAUGGGUACGACUUAUGACAAUAUAAAGCGAUUUCUGCAAGAACAAAUAGACAAACACCGGGCUACGUUUCAAAUAGAAAACGUCAGAGACCUUAUCGACGCCUUCAUAUUGGAGGAAAUGACUCGUGGGAAGACCGAUUACUUGGAGGAUGAAAAUUUGGCAAUAGUGUUAUACAAUUUGUUUGUUGCUGGAACUGAAACAACAUCUACAACAAUCAAGUGGGCUAUUUUGUAUCUUAUUUCGAACCCACACGUACAGACUAAAUUACGUAAUGAAAUUAACGACGUCAUAGGAUUGUCAAGGGCGCCAUCGAUGACGGACAAACCGGAAAUGACGUACAUGGAUGCGUUUAUGCAUGAAACAUUUCGAAUGGGUAAUUUAGUACCAUUCUCUCUACUACAUGGGGUAAAAAAGGACGUCACUUUCAAGGGUUACACUAUACGUAGGGAGGACCUUGUAGUUCCUAACCUUGAUUCUGCCUUAUUUGACGAAUCCCUGUUUGAAGAUCCUCGUACCUUCAACCCAGACAGAUUUAUCGGCGAAGACGGAAAGCUCAACGGAAAAGAACACACAGUUCUAGCAUUUUCUUUAGGAAGAAGAGUAUGUUUCGGCGAAAGUCUAGCGAGGAUGGAAGUCUUCCUGUUCCUGACGUCGCUGCUGCAAAGAUUCAAGCUUCUACCAGAAGAUGAUGAUAGCCUACCAUCGCUUGAACCAAUAGCCGGAGUAGUUAAUCACCCUCAACAAUUCAGGUUCAAGGCCAUCAAAGCUAACUAACCACUGUAAGAUAUAGUUGCGGAUUUUACUAAAAUCAUGACAUACGUUACACGUGAUACAUGCAUUGUGAUCUGUGCGAUAAUAAUGUGGGUGAUCAAUAUUUUCACAUGCCGUGAUAGAUAAGUAUUACUAAUACCACGUGCAUCAGCUUGUUGCGUACAUAGCACUGCAAUGAUGUCAACAUGAUAAAGCUAGAAUAUUUUUUCUAAGAGAAGAUAAAAAGUUAUUGGUGUAAGCAUGCCGACAUUAAUUAUUCAGAAACUGAAGCUAAACCUGUUACAAUACGUUGUUGUUGUUGGAUUUUACAGAAAAAAAAAUAAAAAAUAAAAA